GAGACUAAGAAUGCUGUGAGCGCCAUCCACCCCGCACCUGCAAACACAUACUCGCCCCACUCCUCCACCUCGGACUCCUUCCACUCCAUCUGCACACGCAACCCCUGGUCUGGCCGGAUGAGUUACCACCCGGUGGACACGACAGGGAGUCCAUUCAGGAGAAGUAUGGAUAGUAGGACCACCUACGGCCGCCCCACUGGCACCCCCUCCAGCGGGUUCCGUUCUCAGUCCUGGUCCCGGGCAAGCCCAGGCUCCACGAUGACCUCCUCCUACAAGAGGAGCGUCAAUAUGCCGGUAGCCAGAGCGUACAGCGCCACACUCCUCAGCUCCGCCGACAGCGUUGAUUUCAAUCAAACGAACGGAGACUACAAGCGCUCCAACGAGAAAGAGCAGCUCCAGGGGCUCAACGACCGCUUCGCCGGUUACAUCGACAAAGUGCACUACCUGGAGCAGCAGAACAGCCAGAUCGAAGAGGAGAUCCAGACGCUGCGGCAGAAGCAGGUGUCGCAAUCCCAGCUAGGCGAUUUAUACGACCAGGAACUCCAGGAGCUGCGCUCCAUGCUGGAGCAGAUUCACCACGAUAAAGCGCAGAUCCAGCUCGACACGGACCACAUCGAGGAUGACAUCCAGAGAAUUAGGGACCGUUUCGAUGAGGAAGCCCGCAUCAGGGAUGAGACGGAAGGCAUCAUCCGGGCGUUGAAAAAAGAUAUGACCGACUCUGAUUUGGUGAAGUCAGAGUUUGAGAAGAAAGUUCAGUCACUGCAUGACGAGAUUGCCUUUAUCCGCAACAACCACGAAGAAGAGGUGAGCGACCUGUUUGCCCAGGUGCAGGCGUCGCAGGUGACCAUGGAGAGGAAAGACAUCCAGAAGACGGACAUCACCGAGGCGCUCCGGGAGAUCCGCACCCAGCUCGAGGGCCACUCCAACCAGAACCUGCAGCAGGUGGAGGACUGGUUCAUGUGCCGCUAUUCCAAGCUCACUGAUGCUGCGGCACAAAACAAAGAUGCAAUCAAGUCCGCCCGUGAUGAGAUAGCAGACUACCGUCGCCAGCUUCAGUCCAAGACCGUGGAGUUAGAGUCCGUCCGUGGAACCAGGGAGUCACUGGAGAGGCAGUUGAAUGACAUCGAGGACCGACACAACAACGACCUGUCCAGCCUGCAGGAGACCAUCCACCAGCUGGAUAAUGAACUCAAGGGCACGAAGUGGGAGAUGGCGCGUCAUCUGCGUGAGUACCAGGACCUGCUCAAUGUCAAGAUGGCCCUCGACAUUGAGAUUGCUGCAUACAGGAAACUCCUAGAAGGUGAAGAGACCCACUUUAGCACUUUCCCCUACUGCCACACCGUCACCUCCUCUAAGAAGUCCAAGUAUGAGCCUCCCAAACUGAAAGUCCAGCAUAAGUUUGUAGAGGAGAUCAUCGAGGAGAACAGGGUAGAGGAUGAGAAGGAUGAGAUGGACCAGGCCCUGGCUGAGAUGGCCCAGGAGUUUUCUGCCACUCUGGAGGCAGAGGCAACAGAUGAAGGAGAGGAUGGGGGAGAAGAGGGAGGAGAAGAAGCAGAGGGAGAAGGGGGAGAGGGUGAAUCAGAAGAGGUUGUAGCCUCCACUGAAGCCCAAGUUAGCUCCAGCACACCUGCUGAGGAGGAAGAGGAGGACAAAGAAGGCAAUGAUGAAGUGGAAGAGGGAGAAAAAGAAGAAGAGGGUGAGAAAGGAGAAGAGGGUGAGGGUGAGAAGGGAGAUGAUACAGAAGGUGGUGAUGAGGGAGAAGGAGAGGGGGAAUUCGAGGAGACAGUCCUGUGCUCUAAAGCCCCAGAAUCAAAGGCCUCUCCUGACAAAGAGAAGGCUGGAGAGGAUGGAAGCGGAGGAGAAGAGGAGACAGGAGAGGGAGAGGGAGAAGAGGAGGGUGAUGAUCAAGAUGAAGAUGCAGGUAGUGACAAAGGAUCCAAAGAUGGAGAUGAUAAGGAUGAGGAAGAUGAGAAGAAGGGAAAGGAUGAGAAAGAAGACAAAACAGAUGAGAAGGCAGCUGUAGCCAAGACAGAGGCUCACAAAACAGAAGCCCCCAAGAGUGAGGCCCCAAAAGUCGAGGUCCAGAAAUCUGAGUCCCCAAAGCCCUCCAAGCCAGACUCCCUAAAAGCUGAAUCCCCAAAGGCUGGGUCCCCCAAGUCUGAGUCACCAAAAGCUGAAUCCCCCAAACAUGAAUCUCCCAAAGCUGUAACCCCCAAAUCUGAAUCUCCAAAACCUGGCUCCCCCAAAUCUGAAUCCCCAAAACCUGCCGGAUCCCCCAAAUCUGAAUCCCCAAGACCUACUGGAUCCCCCAAAUCUGAAUCCCCAAAACCUUCUGGAUCCCCCAAAUCUGAAUCCCCAAAACCUGCUGGAUCCCCUAAACCUGCUGGAUCCCCCAAAUCUGAAUCCCCAAAACCUUCUGGAUCUCCCAAAUCUGAAUCCCCAAACCCUUCUGGAUCCCCUAAAUCUGAAUCCUCAAAACCUGCUGGAACCCCUAAAUCUGAAUCCCCAAAACUUGCUAGAUCCCCUAAAUCUGAAUCCCCAAAACCUGCUGGAUCCCCUACUUCUGAAUCCCCCAAAUCUGCUGGAUCCCCUAAAUCUGAAUCCCCAAAACCUGCUGGAUCGGCAACAUCUGAAUCCCCAAAACUUGCUGGAUCCCCUAAAUCUGAAUCCCCAAAACCUGCUGGAUCCCCUACUUCUGAAUCCCCCAAACCUGCUGGAUCCCCUAAAUCUGAAUCCCCAAAACCUGCUUGCUCCCCCAAAUCGGAAUCCCCCAAAUUAGGAUCCCCCGAGGCAGAGUCCCCUAAGGGUGAGGCCCCCAAACCAGAAGCUCCAAUGUCAGAGGCCCCCAAGGCUGCAGAAGAGAAAGUAGACAAAAAGAGUGAUUCAGAGGAAGAGAGGACGGUAGAAAAGAAAGACGCAGCCAUGAAAGGAGAUGUGGAGAAGAUUACCCCAGAGGACAAGGACAAGAAGGAUGAGGCUGGGAAAGAGGCAGAGGAGAAGGAUGUUAUCUCAAAUGGAGUGGACGAGAGCCCCACUAAAGAUGACCCGGACCAGAAAGAUGAUCCAAAGGACCAGAAGGUGGUCAUCACCAAAACGGUGGAGACCAUCACCACUGGAGAGGACGGGGCCAAGCAUGUCACCAAAUCGGUCACUGUCACCGAGACUGUGAAGGAGUCUGAGGAUGUGAUGCAGGAGAAGACAGUCUCCAGCAAGAAGAUGGAGAAACACUCUUCCCAGUCCGUCAAGGUGGUGACUGAAACUGAGUAACUGCGCUCCAUCCAACCCACUCAGGAGGAACAAAGAUGACACGACAAAAAGCAAUCAACCCAGAACUAACAUAACAACGAAAUCAUAGAGCAAUAGCGAUGUAAUAAAGAGAACCACUCUCAAACAUACAGAAAAGCAACGAGAGAAGCCAUAUGAUGAGCUAACGUUUAAAAAAUGCAUGUUGAGAGAAAGCUUUAAAUGGGUUUUGCUGCAGAUUAAAUCAGGAAAAUGUGAUAGUGGGACAGAUUAUUAAUUUUCUUUAUGUUUCCCUGCAGUUCAUGGGAGGGCUCACGGGUGGGGGCGUCUGCAUGCUAGCUCAGGGAGGGAGACCCCUCCGCUCUAACCUGUAUGGAUGGAUGGAAGGUUUACAGUUUAGAUGCAUACUGUAUGUGGGUGGGAGAGUGAUAGAAAUGUAUGUUCAUUCAAAUGUUAAUUCAAAAAGGGGUGCCUGGGUUGGAGGGUCCACUUUAGAGACACUUGUUCAAAAGGACUAGCCUUUUUAUGUGAAGAUACCAACUGAGCCAAAAAUACAAUCGUCUACAACACAAUAUAGUGAAGAAUGAGAAAGACGAUGGUGCAAUGUACUGAUGAUCAUAAACAUACAGUACCCGAAGCAACUAAAGCAUUAAGAACCUUGAAGAAACACUGAGCCUUAAACAUGCUUUUUAUCAGUAUCUAUUAUGUUUACCUAAUGAGUGCAAUUGAAAAUAAAUAUGUAAAUGCACACACAUACAUUCUUGUAUGCAUUUAACUGAGGUGCUACAGUUUGCAAUCCCAUGUCUUUACUCAUCAUGAACUAUUUCCCAGCAGCAUUUGCUCAAUAAAUGUCAUACUGAAAUACAAA